GUAUAUUUUCAUUAUGUUAGUGAUUACAAUAGGGACUUCUCAGCGUCCGAAAAUUUUAGUCCAAAAUUCGGCAAAGGCAAAUAUUCGUCUUUUUAAUACAACCCUGUCCUUAAAGCGAAGGAAAUAAAAUUAUAACCAAAAAAAGCAAUGGAAAACAUGUAAACAAAUACAAAUUAAAACUAAAAUAUUCGGAAAUAGUAUUAAUUAACAUGAAUAUUGUAAAUCUCGAGUUAUUACCUCAACAAAGGCCGCAUAAGAAUAUAUUAGAAGUUUUCGAAGAUGAAAAGAAAACAACACAUGGAUUUGUAUGUGUCAGUGCACCAAUGGUGCGGUAUAGCAAGUUGGAAUUUCGGCGGUUAAUCCGUGAGCAUGGUGUAAAACUUGCCUUUACCCCUAUGAUCAUUGCAGACUCGUUUAUACACAGCCAGAAGGCGCGUGAUAAUGAGUUCACUACAUGUGUAGAAGAUGUCCCAAUUAUAUCACAGUUCGCUGCAUGUGAUGCCUAUGAAUUCUCUCUUGCUGCCCAAUUAAUAUAUCCAUAUGUUGAUGGCGUGGACUUGAAUUGCGGCUGUCCCCAGUCCUGGGCUAUAUCUAAAGGUUAUGGUUGUGGGCUGCUACGACAGCCAGAACUAGUCCGUGAUAUUAUUCAAACAGCUCGACGUGUACUACCACAAAACUUUAGUAUAUCAGUAAAACUACGAUUGCUAAACGGUAAUGCUGAGGAGUCGAUAAGAUCUACUGUUGAAUUAGCGCGACAGCUAGAAAAAUGUGGGGCUACAUUCUUAAAUCUUCACGGCCGAACAAUGUGGCAGAAGACAUCAGAUCCUCUAAAUAUACCCGCCAUGACUGAAAUAAAGAAAUCUAUACAGAUACCACUUGUGGUAAAUGGGAAUGUGCGUAGUUGGAAGGAUGCAAUAGAUUUGCAUGAACAAACGCAAGCAGAUGGUAUCAUGUCAGCACGUGGACUACUUUCAAAUCCUGCGCUUUUCAACAAACAUAUAACCGGGACAGAAACGCCAAUGGAAUGUGUACAGGAGUGGUUGGAUAUAGCGACCAGCGCAGGUGAAAAUAUAAAUUUUCAAUGCUUUCAUCACCAUCUAACAUUUAUGUGGAGCAGCCAUAUGAAGCGAAAACUACGAUUGGAAUUUAAUAACUUCACUAACAAACAACAAGUGUUCAAUUUUUUCGAAGAACGUUAUGGUCUGAGACCACAAAAGUCAUCUUAUAUUAAUACGUUGAACUAUACAAAGUGUAUUUAUCCACACGUACCACAUACUAAUAACAAAACCGAGCGAGCUCAAGCAGGACAGGCUUGGAGUGAAAAUUCAAAUGGCAAAUACUUCAACGAAUUCAAAGAAGACUUAACUAAAGAGCAGUGCUCUGAAGAACAGGAUGAUUUUAAUUUAGAAGGAAGCUUUUUUACAGAUUUAGGCUGAUUAAGCAAUUACAGAAUAAGAAAUAAAUUUAUUUUGUACA